ACCCUACCAAGAAAUUCCGGGAAGCAUCAGCCCAACUUUUCGCCGUCACCCGCCAACGACUUACCACCCAACCAUCGCCGCGAUACCCGACUAAACCGGUGAGUCUACCCUCCGUACCGUCGACACUCGCCCUCGAACCCAUUGAGCUCAACCGUCUCUCAACCGAAUUCACGAAGCUAACCCGUGGCGAAGCAAAAAUGGCUGGAGGCAAACCCCGUGGUCUUAACGCCGCGCGCAAGCUGCGAACAAACCGAAAGGACCAGAAGUGGGCUGAUCUUCACUGGAAGCGUCGUGCCCUCGGUACCGCCUACAAGUCCUCGCCCUUCGGUGGCUCUUCCCACGCCAAGGGCAUCGUCCUCGAGAAGGUCGGUGUUGAGGCCAAGCAGCCUAACUCUGCCAUUCGCAAGUGUGUGCGUGUGCAGCUCAUCAAGAACGGCAAGAAGGUCACCGCUUUCGUCCCCAAUGACGGUUGCUUGAACUUCGUGGACGAGAACGACGAGGUCCUCCUGGCUGGUUUCGGUCGCAAGGGCAAGGCCAAGGGUGAUAUCCCCGGUGUGCGCUUCAAGGUCGUCAAGGUUUCUGGUGUCGGUCUGCUUGCGCUGUGGAAGGAGAAGAAGGAGAAGCCCCGCACUUAAGAAUCUGUUUCUUGUUAUUGGGCAAUACGAGGCGACGUCAAAUUUGGGCAUGAGGAGUCACAACGGCUUUGCUUGCAUCGGCAUCACAGGUUAGGGUUUUCGACCUGGGGAGAUGGAUCUCAAAGAAUAGAUCAACAAGUCUCUCAAAAAGUAACAUUAUGU